UUAGAGCUUGAUUGGACGGAGUGAGGACAGUCCAAUCAGCGGCCCGGGCCGGGGCCUCACAAUGAGAUUAUUUAUGCUAAUCAAGCAGAUGUCACUUCCGCCCUUUUAUUUGCGCCAUUUUGGAUCCAGCAGCGGCGGCGGCGGCGGCUCGGGGCUGGAUGUGUAUUGUCUGUCAGCGGGGAGCGGAGCGGAGCAGCCGGCGGCCGGAGCGGCUUCAUGUGACGGGUAGCUGCGGCGGUCGGUGAGCCUCGCUCCGGGGAUGGCGCUGUCCUGAAGCCCGGGGCUUUGUGCUGCUAGCGGAGAGCGGAGAGCCGAGCCCCGGUCGGACGGGCUCUCCGGACGGAGCGGAGAGCUUCUCCCGUGUCGCCCCACAAAGCCAGCUGUCACCGGGACGGAUAUCCUCCCCGCCGGGGGACCGGACGAAGCGCCCGGCGUCCUCGGACAUCCCGACGGGACUCUUCUCUGCCGGACGGGAGCCGCUGGAGACGGCAGACGUUACUGGAGAUGAAGCCUUCUGACUCACUGCUGCACCCGUCCGACCCGUCUGACCCGCUCCAUGCUGUGCUUCUCCGUCCAGGCAGGCAGAAUGUUCCAGCUCCCCGUCAACAACCUGGGCAGUCUGCGCAAAGCCAGGAAAAAUGUCAAGAGGGUCCUGGGAGACAUCGGCCUGGAGUUCUGCAAGGACCACCUGGAGGACUAUAAAGACUUUACCCCUCCCGAUGUGUAUAUAAAACACACCAGCUGGGAAGAUGUGUGCAUGUGGGAACCUUCGCAUACCAAAGUCCAGGACUAUAGAUCAAAACCUUUCUGCUGCUCUGGCUGUCUCUUUUCAUCGAAGUACUUCUCUGCAUAUAAGAGCCACUUCCGCAACGUGCACAGCGAGGACUUUGAGAACAACAUUCUGCUCAACUGCUCCUACUGCACUUACAAUGGCAACAAGAAGACCCUGGAAACGCACAUCAAGCUCUUCCACAUGCCCAACAGCAGCGUGCGGCCGGGCCCCGGCGGGAUGGCGGCGGGGGCCGGCGGGCUCGUGAUGAAGGAUGGCAUGCUGAAACGGAGCAGUGACAACGUGGAGCAGGCAGUGUACUACUGCAAGAAGUGCACCUACAGGGACCCUCUGUACAACGUGGUGCGGAAGCACAUCUACCGGGAACACUUCCAGCAAGUGGCCCAGCCCUACAUCGUGAAGCCGGGAGAAAAGACGAACUCUCAGAAUGGAAUGGGAACGAAUACGGAGGGUAACUCGAACAGUGUUACGAGUAACCAGAUCCACUGUAAGAAGUGUCUGUUUGUCCCUCGGACAUACGAGGCACUCGUUCAGCACGUCAUUGAGGACCACGAGAGGAUCGGCUACCAGGUCACUGCAAUGAUCGGACACACUAGCGUUGUAGUACCUCGUCCCAAGCCCAUCGUCAUGAUGCCUCCUAAAAACCACGGAGACAAGACGAUCAUUGGAAUGGGGCCUAAAGGGGCAGUAAUGGCCACGACCCGAGGCCCCGGUUCUCAGCAGCUGGGGCGAGCUGGCAUUCCAUCAAAAGUUGGUUUUAAUGCCCACAGCCUUCUCUCCGGGAUCAAACAUGACGCCAUCGGUUUAAAAGCUGGUACUGCGACACCUUUCUCUAUAGGCAGCCAGCAAGUGAGGGUUUCCCUACCAGGAAAUGCCCAGGUUUCUAUACCUCAGCAGUCGCAUGCAGCAAAACAGCUCCUCUCUGGUGGCAGCCUGCGGGGCCCGGUCAUGGUCGGCGCCUCGUCUUCGCUCAAAUCUAACCCUCUGGGUUCACGUGUUCAGGCAGCAGCUACAACUGUAGCCUCGGUCACCGCCAAGAAAGGUGGCUCCUCAGUCCUGGGCACGUCCUACACCCAGAAGUGGAAGAUCUGUACCAUCUGCAAUGAGCUGUUCCCAGAGAACGUGUACAGCUCUCACUUUGAGAAAGAGCACAAGGCGGAGAAGGUGCCUGCUGUGGCUAACUACAUCAUGAAGAUCCAUAACUUCACCAGCAAGUGUUUGUACUGCAACCGCUAUCUCCCCAGUGAUACACUGUUGAACCACAUGCUGAUCCACGGCCUGUCCUGCCCGCACUGCCGGGCGACCUUCAACGACGUGGAGAAGAUGGUGGCCCACAUGCGGCUGUCGCACCCGGACGAGAAGGUCGGCCCACGCACAGACUCUCCCUUGACCUUUGACCUCACUCUGCAGCAGGGCAAUCCCAAAAACGUUCAGUUGAUCGUCACUACAUACAACAUGAGAGACGCUCCCGAGGAGUCGGUGGCGUUUCACGCUCAGAACAACAACUCCGUGUCGUCGGCCUUGUCGGCCUCACUCAUAUCGGGCAAGCGGUUGAUGCCCCAGCACCCGCCCAAAACGCCCUCGGGAGCCUCCGACGGGGCACUUGUCCGGAGCGCCCACCAGGCGUCCGUUCCUUAUAAGAGGGAUGUAGGAAAGACUCUGUGUCCCCUGUGCUUCUCCAUCCUGAAGGGGCCCAUCUCCGACUCGCUGGCCCACCAUCUGAGAGAGAGGCACCAGGUCAUCCAGACCGUUCACCCCGUCGAAAAGAAACUCACAUACAAGUGUAUUCACUGCUUGGGGGUGUAUACGAGUAACAUGACUGCCUCCACCAUCACUCUCCACUUAGUGCACUGUCGGGGUGUUGGGAAGUCCCAGAAUGGGCAGGACAGUCGGACGGGCCAUUCCUCUCGAGUCGGCCAAUCCCAGAGCAGUACUCUCAAACGGCCCGGCUUCGACAGCUCAGACACCAGCGCCCCAAAACGAAGGAGACCCGGGCCCCCGGGGGAAAGAGCCCACCCACGUGAUAUGAACGGUCCGUUUGGCUUUCAUGAAGAUCCCGACGACCCAGUUGUUCUGGCUCUAGACCCCAAAGGUCACGAAAGCCAGUCGUACGAAUCCAGAAAGGGGUUCCUGACACGGUAUUUCAAUCUAGCACCGUAUCCCACACAGCGGGAGGUAGAGAAGCUCGCCGCCAACCUCUGGCUCUGGAAGUCGGACAUCUCCAGCCACUUCGUCAACAAGAGGAGGAAAUGCGUCCAGGAGUGUGAAAGCCAGGGCGCCAGCGUCUUGUUGGGGUUCAGCAUGAAUGAGCUGAACGGCGUCUGCCACGAGCUGGCGUUCGACCCGAACGCAGCGUACGAAGCCAAACAUAGCAAGAGGCGGACGUCCAGGGUGCGCCUGGGGCUGUCGGCGCAAGCUCUCCAGAGACACAGGGAGCUCCUGGCUGCUGGCGGGGGAGUGGCUCCUCGAGCGGACAGGAAGCGACCAGGGAACCCAGAAGGUUCGAAAGCCAUCCUAUCUCCCCAAAAUCCCUCGAGAGACCAAACCCAGACAAUCAACAGCACCUUGCUUCAGAAGUUUCCUCUGGACCUUUCUGAGCCCAUCGCCAUCGACUCUGACAGUGAUGAAGACGAUGGGCACCAACAGCAGGAGGGAGGGGCCCGUUCCCAUGGUAACCGUCACGCUAGUGCUGCUACAGAGACGAUGGACCCGAGGACUGACGCCAAAACAGUGUCAGAUCCAGAUGACAUGUUAGAUGAAGACGACGACGAGGAGGAUGACGACGACGACGACGACGACGACGACGACGACGACGAUGAUGAUGAUGACGACGACGACGAUGAUGAGGAUGAUGACGAUGAUGAUGAUGAGGAUGAAGACGAAGGUGCUCACGUGGAAAAUGGCUACGGGCUGGUGGAGGGCCCAGCGGGAACCCCCCCGAAGGGGAGAGACUCUCUACCCAUCAUCAUCCCCAAGUUCGUCCCGUCCUCGGCUCGGAGCAGCCGGGACGGGGCGCAGCUGGGCAAGCAGCAGGUCUGACCGCCGGACCCAUCCACGCCAACCCACCUGCCUCGCCAAACCCCACGGACAAUAAGGAGAGAACUUCUCACAAGCCAUCCCCCUUCGACAGGUUCAGAGCAGCUAGGAUCCGUUUGAAGAUUCGUGAACAGAACUGUGACGUGGUUUUGCUUUCUGGGAGACGAGGUGCAGUGAAGUCACACCAAACACGCGUUUUGCCUUCUGUAUACUUUCCUACAUUACACGAGGGGUUAUUAGCGCUGAUCGAGCCGCUGGUUUCGAGGCUCAGCAGGUUUAGUUUGAAGGAGAUGCCGACUGGAGGAGCUGUACGUUUUUCAGGUAGUUCUUCUGAGAAGGCCAGUGUAAAUUUGUACAGUCUUUUAGACAUGUUUGGACAGACGUUGCUGUACAUGUACCCCUAAAUAUUUGCUAUUACCUGUGUGUGUGUGAGGUAGCCUCAUGUUCUACAUUGGUAUGCUUAACAGUAGGUGUCGCUUUGGUGGCUGGUAUUUUCUUGUAUGUUUUCUUUUUUUUCCUUUACUUUAGCAAAUAGUUUCUCUUGCUAAAUAACAAAUCUAUAUAUAAAUGAAAUAACUUUUGCUUUUGUUUUAAUUAGAUUUUAUUUUUUUAAGUUGCUCAUCAUUUUAAAUGAUUCUUCACUAAGCUCUUGUGUUUUUCUUCAGUACGACGGAGCGUUUCAUCCCCUUUUCGCAGCCUCACUGCUCUCUGGCUUCCACCGUUAUUGUUCCUGCUUUCUUCUUUAACUCGAUGUUUCUUUGCCUCCUCCGGACUGGACAGUGACCACCACACUGACAUCCACAAACAGUGAAAGAAAGCCAGUUGUUUUUGGUUCUCUGAGAAGAUAAUUGUGUUAAAUAUGUGUUUUCCUGAAAUGUGUGUAUUUGUUUUCAUUUUUCACUUAAAGCAUUUCUGAACAAUAAAGUGCUGUAAUUGUGCUUCUCACAGA